UCCGCCUCCCGGUUUAGUUUCAUUUUUGCUGAGGUGCAGUUGUGUGUAGUUAGUGAUCGGUACUUCCUCGACGUCUCACAAUGGCGGAAAAUAUGUCUUUACUGGGUCUCGAGGACGAGUUGACAUGCAGUAUCUGUUUAUGUCUUUUCGAGAACCCGGUGAGUUUAAUCUGUGGACACAGCUUCUGCGCCAGCUGUCUCGAAGCGACAUGGAAAGACAGGAUAUCAUCACUGUCCUGCCCUCAGUGCCGAAUGUCUUUCAGCUCUAAACCCGAACUCAAGAAGAACACCGUCCUCAGCGCGGUGCUGGAUGCCUAUAGAAUUAAAGCAGGUGUCCCUGAACCCGUUAAAGAACCAUUUGAGGUGAAAAAGAAAGAUCCAGAUGCAAUCAAAUGCGACAGCUGCAUGGAAGCCAAAGCGGUCAAAACUUGUCUGACAUGUAUGGCGUCUUAUUGCGAGGAUCAUGUCAGGCCUCACCGGGAGAAUGUAAUUUUCCGGGCGCAUCAGCUCUCUGACCCGCUGCCAGACCUGAUGGAGCGUCUCUGUUCCGAUCAUGGCAAACUGAUGGAGUUCUACUGCAUUCAGCACCAGAGCUGCAUCUGCACCAACUGUCUGCAGUCGGUGCAUAAAGGUUGCGAAUUCAUCACCGCAGAUGAGCGGCGCUUUAAACAAAAGACUGACCUGACUGACAAGCUCAACGUCUUGGAAGUCAAAACUGACAAAAAUCAGCAGGUUAUCACACAGAUGAAGGAGCAACAAACAAAAUUAAAAGAAUUAGCUGUAACCCGCAAACGUAUUCUUGAGGCAGAAUACAGGCAGAUCAGAGAAGUGAUCGACCGUGAUGAGAAAGAGGCCAUGAUUGCUAUUGAUAAGGAACAGGAGAAAGGUCAGAGCAAACUGGUCUCCUUGAUGAAGAAAUUUAAUGAGAACGUUGAGAAGAUGAAUAGGACCAAAUCUGAGAUCAACAGUCUGCUGGAUCAGUCUCAAUCUCUCACAUUCUUAAAGGCCUCUGUGGAUUUGCCCUCAGUGGUAAAUUUUGAGCCCUAUAACCCUCGUAUGACUGUGGAAGGUAAAGAGGUGAUAGCUUACCAUUCCUCUGCAGUUGUACUGAAGGAAUGGAUCACUAAAUUAAUGGAGCAGCCAGCAGAGAACAGAAUCUUUGUACUUAAACCAGAGUUUGAAAAAUCUGUUCUUGGUGCAGGAAACCAAUUCCCGGGAAUCCCUUGUGAGACUCCUGCACUCCUUCCAAAUCCAAGAGACAUGUCACGUAUAAGGUCUCCCAGUCCAGCUCGCGCUCCCAAAACCAAGGCUCUAGGAGCUAAACAGAAAUCCAAGAAUGUUAAUAAAGAGCUGAAAGAUCCCAAAGACCGUAAAGACCAGAAGUCAAACAGAUCCAGGAAUCCCCCUAAAGGAAUAAAUCCUGGUUUCUCCAAAAGCAUGGAAAACUUGCUUGACCUCAGACCUAAAACUGUAGACAUACUUGACAUAUCUCAGCCUCUUAGUUCACCAGCUGUGCAAAACUCUGCUAAAAGGAGUGACCUUCUUAAAUAUGGCACUAUCCUCAAUUUUGAUUUCAGAACAGCUCACAAGCGGAUUUCCCUGACUGAAAACAACACCAAAGCGACAGUCUCGGAUGACCCUUCUCACUAUCCAGAUAUCCCCCUUCGCUUUUCUGUCUGUUCCCAGGUGCUCUGCACAAAGGGUUUCUCCCAAGGCCGUCAUUACUGGGAGAUCAAAAUGAGCAGUAACAACUUCUGUGGAUUGGGCCUUGCAUACGGAAGAAUCGACCGCAAGGGUCCCACUAGCCGCCUGGGGCGUAAUGCAGAAUCCUGGUGUGUGGAGUGGUUUAACGUGAAGCUUUCAGCAUGGCACAACAGCAUCGAGACGGUGUUGGAAAAUCCCAACCCAAGCCGUGUGGGUGUCCUGCUGGACUGCGAUCAGGGAAGUGCAACUUUCUAUAAUGUGCAGGACCGGGCCUACCCCUUCCACACCUUUGUCUUCCCUUUCACUGAGGCUGUUUAUCCAGCUUUCUGGAUCUUCUCAAAUGGUUCUUCUAUCUCUCUGUGCAAGCUCAACAACUGAAACUGUAUAAGGUGAACUGAUAUUAAUUUUUAUUAGUUGAUGUUUCAUUCAUCUUUGGGGCACAAAGAAUAUAUUUUUUAUAUUCUCUCUCUCUCAUUUUGUCCAUCUAUUGAAAGUCCACACUACAAGAAUUUUUAAGUUUCAAGUUCAUAAAGACAUCCAGUGAAUAUUGUUCUUACAUCACAAUCCUCAAAGCAAGCACGUUUGAACUUCCAAGAGUACUAACGAGGUUUGUUUUUGUGCAUCAAGUAAGCACGGUUGAAUGUUUGAUGUGCUUUAUGUAUGUGUGUUGAUUAAUGUUCAUAUGUGAAUAAAAUCCUAAAUUAAGUCUGUUUAGCAUAUAAAAUGAUCAUGUCUCUUUAGAAGACUUGGAUUAAACUGCUCAAUUAAUAUGAAUUAGUUGUCUUGUACAAUAUCUUUAUGAAAUGUUUAAAGGUUGCUUUGACUUUCAAUGGAUGGACAAAAAUUGUUAAUGUAUUAAAAGUAAAAAAAAAAAAAAUCUUAAUUUCUGUUGAAUAAAAGGAACUCACAAGGGUGACUAAAUGAUGACAACGUUCAUUUAUGGGGGAUCUUUCCCUCUUUUUAUUAAUUUGGUGUGUUUUAUUAUAUGAUUACGGUAUGGGUCUUGUAAAUUGAUGAUUGAUGGAUGAAUGUGUAUCUAAAGGCUAAUACAAUCUGUCAUUAAUGCAAAAUAAACCUCAACAGAGUGUCAACCAAAAUCAAGUAUUACAGAGAGUUAUAAUUCGGAAUUCUAUUAAGUUGCAGAUUUUAGAUGUGAGUUGUUUGAAGUGUUUACCUUCAUGAUAUGAUUACUCCUGACAUUUGUUGGUUUUAUCACAUGGGCAAAGUCCACUGCCAUUGUGCUCCAGAUAAGAGUUGUCUUGGUUCCUGACCAAAGUCUGGCUCCAGUCAGAAUUGUUUUAAAGCAUGUGCAAUUCUGUCAAUCUAACAAGUGUUUCACAUGAAGAAUUUAUUUUGAAACAUUAAUCAUAGCAGUAGUCAUAUUUACCUGUAAACUAAACUGUUAUAACAAAUCUAUAAUGUUGUGUAGUCAUUGUAUCAGUUUAAUGGGCAUUAAAAAAUUAGGUGAAAAAAAAAAAAAUACUAUAUAAAAUCAUUGGUAUGAUAACUGAACUGGACCACAAAGCCAGUCAUAAGGGUCAAAUUUUUUUUUUUUUUUUUUGAAUCACAAAAUAAAAACAGCUUUCACUUUGCAGUAAGGAAAUAUUAUGUAUAGCUCAGGAAGUUCUGUAGUAAAGCAUCUAUUGUUUGAUUUAUGCAAUAUUACAAUUGUGGUUAAUAUGGCAUCUGAAAUAUUUCAAUAAUAUGAAAAAAAUGAAAAUAUUUGAGUUUUUUUCAAAGUGGGAAGAAUAUACAUAAAGUAAAAUAUCAGAAUGAUGCUGAUAAAGGCAUGAACCCAUGUCUCAUAUAAGAAUACAUUUAAUAUUAUCUAGAUGUAUUAUUCUUUCUCUCAUUGUCUGUUGUAUUUAUCAAACUUGUGAUAUUAAGAUAAAUUGAAUUAAUUCUGCUUCAGAAAUGGUGAUUGUUCAUUUGUGCAGCUCACUUUGUUUUCAGUGCUGAACAAUAAAAUGUUUAAUAAUAAUAAUAAUAAUAAAAUAAACCAAAUAUUUAAACAAAA